CUCGAGCGAUUCGCGUUUUUUCCCUCAGUCUCAUCCAUUGCCACCAUGGACGCGAAGCCGCCGCCCGAAUGCGUCGUAUGCCUAAUGCCGAUCGCGGCAGACCCAGCCUUUCAGUCAUGCUCCAUCCAUCACAUCUGUCAAGACGACCUCAACACCUUGUUCGAGCGCGCCGCGAAGACCGAGCUGGACUACCCGCCGAAAUGCUGUCACCACUCCAGAGGUAUCGAUAUUGACGACGCCGUCAAGUUCUAUGACGACUGGGGAGUCGUCAACCCCAACUUCGUCAAGCACUACAAGGCGAAGGUUGCGGAAUACGGCACACCCAUCCCGGAGCGCGUCUACUGCUCGAACAAGAAGUGCUCUACCUUCCUCGCGGACGACAGAACCGUAUGCCACCGCUGCGGUCACAAGACAUGCCGGGAGUGCAAGGAGGCCGAAGCAAACACGUCGGCUGGACACGAAUGCGGAGCUGGCAAGACUGACGACAAGAUCGAAUACACGUCCAACAACCGCGUCAAGCGCUGCCCGAAGUGCAGUGUCCUGAUCCAGCUGACGGAUGCAUGCAACCACAUGACCUGCGGUAUUUGCGCGCACGAGUUCUGCUUCGUUUGCCUGGAGGCUUGGGAUAGGGACGCACAUCGCGAUAGAGGCUGCACUUACUACAGCGACCCCACGUACGAUGCCGAAGGCUACGACAGCAGGGGCAUCCACCGUGACACUGGCCUGGACAAAGAUGGUUACAACAUUUCGGGCUACAACCGUCAGGGUUUCGACAGACGGGGCAAUCAACGGCCUGUGCCUCUCUAUCCACGCUUGAUAUCACUGGGAAGCCGUGUCAUUGAAGAUUUUCUGUGGACCUUUGGGCCAGUCCCACCUAACGAAGCUGUCUCUGACCUCGACCUCGAAGGUGUGCGUAUCCACGAUUCUGUGAGGCCUCAGCAGACACUGAGGGAAUCGAUCAAUAGGUUUAUUGCCAGCUUCGCGGCGGUUGGACUUCAAGAUAUUGAAUUCGCAACCAUUGCAAACCGACACCUCGAUGCCGGCGAAGACAUUGAGCGGACCGUCCACUACAUCCGGCGGGACGUUAUUCUAGCUAUCAACACCGAAACCCGGAACGACAGUGUGGUAAACGAGCAGGGACAGCACGUGCACGGCGCCGGGGUUGAGCGACGUCAGACAGAAGCUUUUGCCAGGAUCGAACGGCAGGUACGGAGGAUGGGCCACAUCGAAGAGGAGCGACCGAGAACUAAUGGGCUCCGUGCCGGUCCUGACCUACACAUAAUACGGGAGAGGCAUGCGUUGAACAUGAUCGAACAGGAUAUGCUGUCCAUAACCUCGCCAACGGGGGGUGAAGACGAUCCCGACAACCUACUUCCACCCCUCCCAAGAGAUGGACAUGACGCACCCCCCAGAGGUGCACUUCACCGUCUCCGAAGACUCGGGCACGAUGGCCUUGAAGGCGAUUUGGACGAGAUGCGGCAACACAUCGGGCAACUCGAAAACUUCUUCGAAGAUAGGGUACGCCGUCAAGCCCAGGCACUCACACCAGCUGAUAGACGGUUGCUUGACGAGUGGAACAAUAACCGUAUCCGUAUCCAUACCCGGCAUAGGGAUAGACCUGUAGAACCUCUGCCAGAGAUCCAGCAACGCCGGGCGCGGACUGUUGGAAUCUACCUUGGACCAUAUGCCCUGCCGCGUCUCAACGAAGCCGAGCAACCCCAGGCAGCCCAGACAGAGACUGAUAAUUUCCCGACACUUCUACAAGAAGAUGACAUCGCUGGCACUAUGCCCGACGCGCAGGUUGAUAUGAUGUACGGCGAACCGCUGAGCCACAGAUUGGCCCGCUUUGAACCCCAGCAACUCCAGACAAUCCGGACGCAGAUCGAAAGGGACAUCGCCGAACUGCAGAACGUCAGACAGGACCGCUUUCAACCCGAUCCACUCGGUGAACUUCAUGCCCAGAUUGGUAGAACGGCGGCACAUACUGAUAGAUUGGAUCAGGCUAUCAAUGAUGCCAGAGCCACGCUGCACAGACACCGUGCGCGUUUGCAACAAACGACACAGGAAGAGGAGAUGGGUUUAAAUGAGUAUGACCAAGCUACCAAUCAUGCCAGAGACAUGUUGCACAGGUACCCUGUACGACACAUGGCGCAGGAAGAGGAAACAGGUCUACACGAGCAUGGCCAAGCAGCUAUCAACGAUACCAGACCCAUGCCGGGCAGGGAGCAGCCGCGUUUACGUGAGCAGAACCAGGCUACGAAUGAUACCAGAAGCAUAUCGCAGAUGAUACAAGACCAGCUCAGGGGCAUGCGUAGGGACGAACAACGGCUCGAACAACAGCUCCAAGACGUCCGAGCUGGCCGCGCUGGUACGACGGCCGACGGUCCGCACAAUCCCUUUCGCCAGAGGGUCGGAAUGGGAAUGCUUUGGGACAGGGUCAGACCACCCGGAUACGAAGAACUGAGGUCGCCUUUUACGCCGACCAACACUAUCAGACAGAGACAGCGCGAAGCCGCUCGUCCGGAGGACACUGCUGCCGCGCGUGAGCCUGCCACACGGUCGCAAGAGGAGGGCUCUUCAGCGCCUGAACGCACCCAACGCAGGACGCGGGCCGCUCGCAACGCUAGACCCGAGCAGAGUGGGGACCAGCAACCAGAGGAGAUGCCUUCGCGGUACCGCCGGCUAAGGACCCACAACCGCACUGGCUAG